GGAGGGUGGAGGGAGAAAGGAAGACUUUCCGCACCAAUAGCGCCUCCGCAUUCACGGUUGUUCCUGGGCCGUUACCCUCGCUUGUCUGGUCUUGGGUACUGCUUCCGCCUGCGCCAAUAGGUCGUGUUGACUGGAGGCCUCGGCUGGACGGAAGGGAGCGGCAGCAUCCAGGGGACAACAUGCCAACUGCCAAGCAGCUAGCUGACAUUGGCUACAAGACCUUCUCCACCUCCAUGAUGCUCCUCACUGUGUAUGGGGGCUACCUCUGCAGUGUCCGAGCCUACCACUAUUUCCAGCGGCGCAGCUCCCAGCGCCAGGCUGCAGAAGAACAGAAGACCUCAAGAGCCCUGUAGAACUGGGGGGCUUUUUUUCCUUGAGCAGAGAGGCCUGAGGCAUGCUGUGGAAAGACCUCAUCUGCAAUCACUUCAAAGUCAAGAGAACUCGGGCCUUAAUGGUUUUCGAACUCUGCUGGGAAAAAGUGCCCAUGUUUUCUCUGGUACUACCAGUUUGGAGAGGCUAUCGAAUCGCAACAGGAUUGGGAGGGUGAGGCCCACCUACAGACAUUAAAUACUUUGCCAUGUC